CAAAAACCGUUACUAGUACAUGGCCAGGGAUGGUGGUAAAUAAAAUUUCUUCAUUCUAUCUGCGACAACAAAAUUUGAGGUUACUAUGAAUUUUCAUCAGUGAAGAAUACCUAGCGAGGGACGUGUCAAAAUGUGAGUUUAAAGUGAUCUAACUCUCAAUGAGCAGUCUGAAUGCUUUAGAAUUGCAAUUGCUCAGCACUCAUGGAUACGACAAAAUACUACAAUCAGAGGACAGCAUAUUUAUAAAAAAUUAAAAUGAGCAUGGUGUAUCGACUAGUCCUUCUGCCGAUGUUUAUGUCGACUUGGGCCAGUAUUCUGUCCUUCGCUAGUCCAUACUGGCUUUAUAUCAGUAGUGAUGCCCCGGACGGAAGUGAUGGAAUGCCCGAGAAAUCUAUAGGACUAUGGCAGGAAUGUAGCAGUUUAGGGAAAGAUCAAUAUAAUAUCACACAGUGGAACUGCACUGGGAUUUCUGUAACGUGGAACGGUCAAGCUUGGUUUGGUCUCGUCCAGGGGCUCGAAUGUAUAGCCCUCCCCCUGUACGUCAUAGGUACUCUCAUAUCCACCGUCCUUGUUUUUGCGAGGCGAUUCUUUCCACACAAAAAGCUGGCUGUGGGACUAACGAGCAAAAUCCUAUGCGGUGUAUUGUAUUUUUCUAGUUUUCUACUUCUACUCACAACAGUAAUCUUUCCCAUAUACGCCUUAAAGAUGCAAGACCAGAUUCAACCAGUGAAUGAAGACGAAACAUUAGACCAGACUCUCAAGUCGAAGAUUCACGUCACAAUGAAUUGGUGCUACUGGAUCCAUCUAUUGGCGUUCCUAUUAAACAUCAUCGGGGCUGUAUUUGCCAAUAUACUUGCCCUGCCAUCAAUGCAAUCAAAACUUAUGACUUCACAUGAAGAUGGACAUAAUCACAUGAAUAACAUAAGUGGUGUUGAGAAAGAUGACCGAGAGUAUGGUGUUACUAUGACACCGGCUGUAUCUACAACGACUAUGGGUAGUGGAGUGACGAAUAGGACUGACAGUACUCAUUUGGAAUGGGGCGGGUCAACUGAUAGAACCAGUGAAACGUUGGUCUAAAAAGUUUAUAUUUCUUGGUGAUAGAAUGCAUUUGUUUCUUUACAUUGUAUGCUAGCCUAAAUCUCGGUAUACCUGGGUCGGUUUAAACUUUAGACACCGCCAUGCGUUGAAUCACACAUAGAUUGUUCUGCAGAGGCUAUUAAAAUAAAGGAUAGUAAUGUCACAAAGUGAAAACUAUAACUCGACGCAAAUGCACAAUCAAAGUGGCUGUUUAUCCGGAGAGAAUAUAUUGACUUACUAUUAUUUAGCAGUUUUGGAGCUCUUUUUGUGAACAGAUUAAUAAAGACAUUUCAAAAUGAGAGACUCAGUUCGAUUUGGUUUAAAAAUGUCUUGGAG